AUGUUCUGGAAUUUUCAGUUAACACUGCAUGGUUCAUCCCAGUUCACUUCUUCACUCUGCCCCCCAAAAGUCCCGCCCCCUCUCGUCCAGAGUAACAGAGAGGCGUGGGCACACAGAAUGAUUGACACUCCACUGAGCCUGUCAGCGACCGAACCGUCGCGAGGACGAUUCCAGACGGUUCUGGAAGCUCUGAUCAGGAUUUCUCGAACACUCCGAGAGCGCACAAAAUCCCCGCAGCUGGGAGUCUCUCAGUAGACGGUCUGCGACGGGAACAUAGGCACGCUUCUCAUUUGAGUUCUCGAAUUCCAAGGACCAAGAUGCCUGAAUUACACGAUCAACCAAUGGAGGAGGAGGCAGAGACCUUUGCUUUCCAGGCUGAGAUUGCUCAGCUCAUGUCCCUGAUCAUCAACACCUUUUAUUCCAACAAAGAGAUCUUCCUUAGAGAGCUUAUCUCCAACUCUUCAGAUGCCCUUGAUAAAAUCCGCUAUGAGAGUCUCACUGACCCCUCCAAACUCGACGAUGGCAAGGAAAUGAAAAUCGAAAUCAUUCCGAACAAAGAGGAGCGCACCCUCACCCUGAUCGACACAGGCAUCGGCAUGACAAAGGCUGAUCUGAUCAACAACCUGGGCACCAUCGCCAAGUCUGGCACCAAGGCUUUCAUGGAGGCUCUGCAGGCUGGAGCUGACAUCUCCAUGAUUGGUCAGUUUGGUGUUGGUUUCUACUCCGCCUACCUGGUGGCUGAGAGAGUGACAGUCAUUACCAAGCACAAUGAUGACGAGCAGUACGCCUGGGAAUCCUCAGCUGGAGGAUCCUUCACAGUUAAAUUAGACACCUCUGAACCAAUGGGGCGCGGCACUAGGGUGAUCCUGCACUUGAAAGACGACCAGAUAGAAUACCUUGAGGAGCGAAGAAUCAAAGAGAUCGUGAAAAAGCAUUCACAGUUCAUCGGAUAUCCAAUCACACUCUUUGUGGAAAAAGAGCGAGACAAAGAAGUGAGUGACGACGAAGCAGAGGAGGAGGAGGAGAAGGAGAAAGCCAAGGAUGAGGAUGAGGAGAAGGAUGAGGACAAGCCCGAGAUUGAGGAUGUCGGGUCUGAUGAGGAGCACGACCACGACCACGACCACGACCACGACCAUGACCACAAGUCUUGUGACAAAAAGAAGAAGAAGAAGAAGAUUAAGGAGAAGUACAUUGACCAGGAAGAACUGAACAAGACCAAACCCCUGUGGACCCGCAACCCUGAUGACAUCACUAAUGAGGAGUAUGGAGAGUUCUACAAGAGUCUGACUAACGACUGGGAGGACCACCUGGCUGUCAAGCACUUUUCAGUAGAAGGUCAACUGGAAUUCCGUGCCCUGCUGUUUGUGCCUCGUCGUGCACCCUUCGACCUCUUUGAGAACAAGAAGAAGAAGAACAACAUCAAGCUGUACGUCCGCAGAGUCUUCAUCAUGGACAACUGCGAUGAGCUCAUCCCUGAGUACCUCAAUUUCAUCAAGGGUGUGGUGGACUCUGAGGAUCUGCCCCUGAACAUCUCCAGAGAGAUGCUGCAGCAGAGCAAGAUCCUCAAAGUCAUCCGCAAGAACCUGGUCAAGAAGUGCCUGGAGCUCUUCACUGAGCUCGCAGAGGACAAGGACAACUACAAGAAAUACUACGAGCAGUUCUCCAAGAACAUCAAGCUUGGAAUCCACGAGGAUUCUCAAAACAGGAAGAGGUUGUCGGAGCUGCUGCGUUACUACACCUCAGCCUCUGGAGAUGAGAUGGUAUCCUUGAAGGACUAUGUAACACGCAUGAAGGACAGCCAGAAACACAUCUACUACAUCACUGGUGAGACCAAAGAUCAGGUGGCUAACUCUGCCUUUGUGGAGCGCCUUCGCAAAGCUGGCCUUGAGGUCAUCUACAUGAUCGAGCCCAUCGAUGAGUACUGUGUCCAACAGCUGAAGGAGUUUGAGGGCAAGAACCUGGUUUCAGUAACCAAGGAAGGCCUGGAGCUGCCUGAGGAUGAUGAUGAGAAGAAGAAGCAGGAGGAGAAGAGGGCUCAGUUUGAGAACCUGUGCAAGAUCAUGAAGGACAUCUUGGAGAAGAAGGUGGAAAAAGUCACAGUCUCCAACCGCCUGGUCUCCUCCCCAUGCUGCAUCGUCACCAGCACUUAUGGCUGGACGGCUAACAUGGAGAGGAUCAUGAAGGCCCAGGCUCUGAGGGAUAACUCCACCAUGGGCUACAUGGCUGCUAAAAAGCACCUUGAGAUCAACCCCGACCACCCCAUCGUGGAGACCCUGAGGCAAAAGGCAGAGGCCGACAAGAACGACAAGUCUGUGAAGGAUCUGGUCAUUCUGCUGUUUGAGACAGCCCUGCUUUCGUCCGGGUUCACCCUUGAUGACCCUCAGACUCACUCCAACCGCAUCUACAGGAUGAUCAAGCUGGGUCUUGGUAUCGAUGAGGAUGAUCUGACACCAGAUGAAACCCCCUCUGCUCCCGUCGAGGACAUGCCCCCUCUUGAAGGCGAUGAUGAUGACACGUCCAGAAUGGAGGAGGUGGAUUAAACUGGUAUCUAAUGGCUGCUAGUCUUCAAAAGUAGUGUGUUGUAAAAUUUGAAGUUUAAUGUUGUAAAUGAGACCGGAAAGUUCCCCCUGUCAUCCCGUUUAACGAGUUCACUUACCUCCCCCUCACACUGACCAUACUGUGUGCAGAUCAGAUUCAUUCCUUUUAGAAUGGUAUUUUUUUAAGUUAUCAUUUUUGUAUCAUAAGUUUUGUUAAUGUAUUUCUUUUGUAUUUAUUGACAUUCCAAUGUUCUAUGAGUGUUCUUACUUUGACUGUAAAUUGAAAGUUUACUAAAUUAAAAUUGAUACUGUUAUUUGAAAAAGGCUUGGGGCCUAUACAAAUAAAAAAAUACUAUGCUGACAUGUCA